AGUCAUUUAACCAUCAAGACCGUUUUUUAAGUAAUUGUCACAUGCAAUACACUUUAUUUACGUCGACAAACUGAAUACAUUUAAAAUAGUUCGGGCUUGUUGAACUAGGAGGAUUAAAUGUAACAGAGAUAAUGUGGUGGAUAAAUGUUUUUUUGUUUCUUAUUCUUAUGACUGUAAUAUUCAGAUCUGUCGAUUGGCUUUUGCAAAAAAUUCCGUCUGAAUUAGAAACAAAAACUAUAACAGAUUUACCAGUAAAACAAUCAAAAGAAGCAGGUGCCGCCAAACAAGGGACACUUAAAAAGCGCAAAAGAGUGCUGGAAUCAGAACAGUCAGCAAAAAGAAAAUCUGCUAAAUCAGAGCCUUCAGAACUCACCGAUGAAGAGUCAUACAGGGAAUCAAUUUCUAAGACGAAAACAGAAAGUGUUCUAUUAUCAAGCGGUGACUUUUCCGUAGAAUGCAACAUACGUGAAGAUGAAAACGUUCAUGUUUUGGAAAAUAUUAAACAUGAGAAAACUUGUAACGACGAAUCAAAUAGCUCGCUUGAAGAUCUUGAACUUGACCUAAAAGAAGAGAUGGAAACUUUAGGCGUGCUACAUGGUCUCAAUAAGUAUAUCAAAGAUUCGUUUGACAAGUGGGCACAACUUGAAUUAAAUAUUGCUGUGACAGGUAACGCUGGUGUUGGAAAAUCGAGUCUCAUCAAUGCACUUAGAAAGUUAAAGCCUACGGACAAAGGUGCCGCCGCUGUUGGUGUUGUUGAGAAAACAACAAAAGGCUGUAAAUAUACAUAUCCUGAAAAUCCAAAUGUAGUGAUAUGGGAUUUACCUGGUGUAGGGACACAAAAAUUCACAAGAGAUACAUAUUUGAAAGACAUGAAUUUCGCCAGGUUUAACAUAGUAUUGAUUGUUUCUGCUGGAAGAUUCCUUGAAAAUGAUAUAUGGCUUGGAAUGGAAUUGCGUGCCUUUCGGACAAAUAUCAUCUUUGUUCGAACCAAAAUUGACAUUGACCUGAUGAAUGCUAACCGAGAUCACCCAGACACGUUUACUGAAACGGAAUGCCUUGCUGAAAUUAGAAAUAACCUAUCCGAUAGAAUUCGUCAAGGAGGAAUACCAGCUUCGGUUUCAGGUGUUUAUCUGGUUAGCUCUCCAGAAAGAACAAAGUUCGACUUUGUUGUCUUGGAUAAGAAUUUAAAAGCUUUGUUUAGCACCAAAGGAAAAGCCAUCAGAUCAAUCAUACAAAAUUAUGUUGAGAUAGAAAUAGGCAAGAAUCAACAAAUGAACAAGAAUGGUUUUAAAUUCCGUAAAGCACUUUCUAUUUUAUUUGGAUUCGUGCCAACGCAAUGUCUUACCGAAGAACUAUGCCAACAAUCAUUAUCUAAAAUUAAAACUGUUUGCCAACAAAAAUUUUGCAUUGAUGAAAAAUCGCUUGAUGACACGGCAACUCAAUUGAAAACUUCGAAGAUGAAUAUCAUAGAGACAGUAAAAUCCCUCAAGAAGAAUUUUAUUUUCGAUGUGGAAGUUAAGAUCAACAAGAUGUACAAAUAUUAUCGUUUUUCGGGACCUCUUGUCAGGGGAGAACUUCCUAUUCCGUUUGUUUGCAUGUUUUUCUCAGCGUACCACUCAUAUGUUACAACAAAGGAAAGUAUAAACGCGAUGUGUGAUGAAAUGGCUGCAGAUGAAUCAAGAUUAGCACUUGUUCGACUAGAUCGGCUUGAAAGUGAUUUGAGACCUAUCCAGUGA